CAACUUCUCUACUCAGGUAUAGAACGCACGCAUCCACCAGACGUCGUCAGCCGCGCCUGAAGUGAGAGGGCUUGACGUGCUGAAGCACCAUAGGUUCCCCAGGAACUCUAGGUCCCUCGGGUGACCCGAAGUGAAAGGCCUUCGUUGUUAUCUAACAACCAUGACUGGUAAUGACCUUCGAAUUGCCCUACGUGGGACUUGACGGCGCCUUCUUACAUGGGCGAAGCCAUGCUCGAUGCUUCGCUCGGCGUCCCUACCAUGGCGAUGCCAGUGUUCCGAACAUCAGCGCACAUCGCCCCCAUUCACAGGCGCAAUAUGAACGUCGCAACACUGCCCGCUCUCCGUACGCGACCUUUCCCUCACGCUUCACGCCCUCACGACGUCAUCAUGCUCCUCUACGACGUGCACUCUAUGUUCGUCGCUCGGUGUCUCACAGCCGUUGCGCUUUCGCUUUCGCUCUGGGAUCACGCCUUGACGUUAGGGAGGGAAGUUCAGCUGCUCUGGCGCUUCCCGUGGUCUCCCCUACAGAUACUCGUCCUCGUGAAUAGGUACAGUGCCGAGAUAAGCAUGAUUUUUAUUGCACGGAUUGUCGGAUGGGGAAAGCUACCAAUGGCGGACUCGGUGUGCGAAGCACUAACAAUACUCAUCACAGUCUAUUGCGUCAUAAACAGCGCCUCCUCACAAUUUGCCGUACUCCUCUAUGUGUACAAGCUGUUCGACAGCAGUCCCUUGUACAGGAACGCUCUUGUGGUGGGAUUUGCAACCUGUUUCUCCGUAUCCAUCACCUUUGGCAUCUUGAGUGUCAGACAAGCAUUGGGUAUGAUCCGUAGUGCGCCUGCUAUGUACUGUGUUGUCGCGUUGAGACGAAGGUUCACGAUUGGUAUGUGGGGUGGCAUGGUUGCAUAUGAUCUUUAUGUGUUCUUUCUGCUCCUCGUCAAUACGAUGCACAACCCUCGUCGACGCGACUCCGAGAUCGUUGGCCGACUGCUUCAAGGGGGUGCUCUCGUGUUUCUCGCGUGUUCCGCGCUUCGCCUAUCUCAGCUCCUGUCAAGUGUCCUCGCGGUGGGAGCGCAAUCUCUGCUGAUUCCUUUGGUGGCCUGGUCCAUAGAUGGGAUCCUGACAUAUCGGCUACUGCUGAAGGUCAAAGCUGUCGAACUGGUUGCUGAUGGGCACCUCUCACGACUUUGGGACCCGAACGACGGAUGUGUCGUCCGAUUAUACCACGAGGUACACGUUCAGGAGAGGUGAAGAGACCUGCACCCCUCGUUUGACCUUUUUGUCGCUUAUACCAUGAACAAGUGACUGGAUGAAUAUUCUGUGGAUGCAGGUUUCCAGAGUUCUGACUGGAGAUGAAGAGAGAUACAUGGCCCGGGGCGUGGUGGAAUUUUAUGGCACUGAAGCUCAUAGCAUGAAUUUGAUAGUCAACUAUGUAUGGUCACGUUCACAGGCCCUCAAAUGCUCUAUAGCAUACGAUGGCACAAAUGUUGUCUAUGGUUACCAUAGACUAGGUACAAG